CACAGGAAUCGAGCACUUCGCUGCUGCUCAGCGAAACACAGUCGGGCGCAAUGUCCUCCUGUGAAACGCUACGGGCGAAAACACGCUGUUAGCGAGCUUUUCAGAGAAGACUUCAGAAUGUGAAGAAGGUUAGGCGGCUGUAUACUCUUAAGAUCAUUUCCACACUGCCUGAGAGUGCUGGACCUGUGAGCUCUGGAAAGUGUUCCGUCCCCCAAGGCCUUGGCAACCAUCCCAUACCCAGGCACCAUGCUCCUCUUCUGGGCACUCUGUGUGUCUCUACCCACUCUUCCUGCCCAGGCCUCUGGGCCUCAGUCGUGUGCGGGGCACAACAGUUCAGCACAGCACUUCUCCUCUGUGAUGGAUUCCCUGCAGUGCUACAAUGACUACAGCUCCCACGUACAGUGCAGCUGGAUGGAGAGCGUGCGGACACACUCACUGGCCCCGCUGUCUCUCUAUCACCUGGAUACUGAUGAGAACAAGGAGUCGCGGUGUCUUCCCUUCGGCCCCCCUGCCCACCUGCCCGGGGGCCAGCUCCUCGUCCAUUGCCGGCACAAUACAAAUGUCUUCGGUAUCGGUUUCGAGGAGGCCUUCUUUUUCAAGACCCCCCACUCCCCUCGCCUCUCCAAAACACUCUUCCUGUCCCAGCACGCAGUGAGAGUGCGGCCCCCCCACAGCCUAGCGCACAAGACCACAGAGGGCAGGGGUAGUGUGCUGAGCUGGGAGAGCUCCUACCCUCCCAGCUCGCCCCUGUACCCGACUCUGAACUACCAAGUGAACUACAGAAGACUUGGCCAGGAAUGGACGACAGCUGAAGUUGCAGCGAGGGAGCUGGUCAUUGAGGAUGGUUCACUGGUGCCUGGCUGCUGGUACGAGGCCAGAGUGAGGGGCCGGGGGGGACAGGGGCUGUGGAGCGAGUGGAGCCCCCUGGUGGAGUGGGAGACUGAGGAGGCUGUGGAGCCUGGCCCCUCAAACCUGCAGUGUGUGUUUGAUGGGGAGACUGGAGUGACCUGCAGCUGGGAGGUGAAAAAAGACCUGGCCCAGUUUGUCUCCUACAACCUCUCCUACCGCACCGGUCCGACUGCGCCGGUUCAAUGGUGCUCCACGGACCCUCCAGUGAGUGCUGACUCCAGUCACCUCAUGCUUCGGUUCAGCUGCUCCUUUUCCGUCUCUAAGCCUGAGAAGCUCCUGGUGGAACUCACUCCAACACGCCACACCAAAGUGUUCGAGUCGUACAAACACAUCCGUCCCACCCGCCCUAGCCAUGUGCAGGUGCAUGAGAGGACAGAAGAGGACUGGGAGCUGAGAUGGACACUCCCAAAAUACGAGACUGUGUCGGUGUACUUCCAGGUGCGGUACUGGAGGAAUGAGAAGCCGGAAGAUGUGAAGUGCGUCAACCUUCCAGAGGGCGUUCAGUCAUACCUCCUCCCUGCGGAGUCCCUGCACCCCUCCACAAAAUACACAGCCCAGGUGCGCACCCUGAUCUCCUCCAAGGGGGGCUGGUAUUCUGGAACUCCUUCUGACUGGACGGAGCCCAUGCAGUGGACCACACACCCAGCUCCCAGGCUUCUCUCCACUCUCGUCUGCGUGGUCAUCAGCAUCUGCACGAUCGUCCUCCUUAUCCUGCUGCUGAUACUGACCUUACCGACCUGUCAAAGGUGGGUGAAGGUGUGGGAGAUGUCUAUCCCUUCCCCUAUCAAGAGUAAAGCAGUGGAGGAGGUGAUGAAGAAAUCUUCAAAUUACUGUGUGACCUCUCACAAAGAGAUUGAUAAAAUCCUUGUCAGUGAUAUUCAAGUAGUGGCCAGUGACAAGCCAGCACACAGCCCGUGCUCCUCUGAAGUUUCCAGUCAACCGAUACAGUUAACCACUGCUGAUGACGAUGGAUUAUACCAGAGCUUUGAUGGGCAAGGAUGGGAACUAGUCAACAAUCCCGAUAAGCUUUCUGUGGGACUACAGACCAAAGGCACUGCCUAUAUGUCAUCCCGUGAACCUUCUGCGCUGUGUCCCAGGUGUUCACGGCCUCAGGGUGAGGAUACUGUCAUCUGGUCCAGGGUGGCGGGUAGGCCCUUUGAUCCUCCCCCUCCCUCCUACCGACAAACACUCCAACAGUCUUCCAGCGAGUACAUGGGGUUACCCUCUUCCGAAACCCAGCCCUCCCAACGCUCCUCCCCAAGAAGGUUCCCAGGGGAAAUCGUGCUACAGGAGGGGUACAUAGAGAGCUGCAGCCUGCUGCUUGGGUCACCUGAACCAGGAGCACAGCUGCAGUCAGACUCAGACCCACUGAAUUCUGACGCUAACACGGCCUCUCCUCUCAACAUCCUCUGGGACCUGAUCCAGCAAAGCCCAGACCGCUACCCUUUACCUGGUCUGGAGAUGGCUGGCUUUGGAGAAGGGGAUUCCACACAGGAGAGAGAGGGCUAUCUGGGAGACAUAGCAGAGGACCACUCCUAUGUGAGACUGUCGCACACGUAACAUAAGCGUUCCAUUCUAAUCUUGAUCGUACUUAAUGCUCCGUCUGGGAGGGGGCCUUACUGAAGGACAAAGGAGUUGAUCACCUCAUUCCCAGCAGAGGGCAGUAUAGAGCAGCACAGCAGAAUGCUUCUGUGGGCUCUUGCGAACAAUGCUGUGACAGAGGGUCCAAGUGUACAGCAUUAAAAGACAGUGGCGGUUACAUUUUGCCCCAUUGAAAUCGCAGUUGUGUUCGCAUUUUCAUGUGCAUUUGAGGAAGGUCCUGACAUUCAGUGAGAUGAGCAUCACACAUGAGGAGGUGCUAUUGAAGCUGACAUUUGGCGUUUUUUUCAUGUUCAUUUCAAACAUGUCACAAGUGUUUAUCGAAUAUUGCUUUGUAAUACCUGUAUUAAUAGUCCACAUGGUUGUCUCUGUUGUUGCAGAAUUGCCCUCAUAGACUCCUUUCAAUACUUUUUAUGUGUUUAACAAAAGGUUUUAAGGUUUAAAAUAUAACAUACUUUACAAUA